AUGCUGGACUCCUCAGUGGCAGAUCAACUGACCCGACUGACCCUGAAACUCCUUGAGAAGAAACUGGAGCAAGAGCGUGAGGAUGUGGAGGGGGCUUCUGAGGACCCCCAUGUCGUGCCAGGAGAUGAGGAUGGGCCAGAGGCCGCCCUGCGGAGCGCUCUGAGGAUGAGGAAGGACCUUCUGCAGAGACUCUGGGAGCAGCGCCUCUUGGAAGAGGCUUCCCGGGUUCGUCAUCACAGGGAACUGCAUGGAGGAGCCCAUGGGUCUGUGCUGCCCCCAGAGGCGCCUCCUGUGGGCAUCCACCCCGCUGUCCCCCCAGCCCCACCUGCCCCAAACCCACCACGGAUCAUCCAACACCUGGCCCCCCCACCUCCUGCCACCAUCAUCCAGCAGCUGCCUCAGCAGCCACUCAUUGCACAGAUCCCCCCUCCCCCGGCCUUCCCCACCCAGCGGUCAGGAAGCAUCAAGGAAGAGGUGGUGGAGAUGAUGCUGAUGCAGAACGCGCAGAUGCAUCAGGUCCUCAUGCAGGCCUUGAUGCUCAGAGCCCUGCCCCCACCAGCACUUGCGCCCACCCCGCCGCACCUCACCCCACAGAGGCCGCCCUCCGUCUGCCACCACCACCGCUACGCACCUCCAGCCCUGCUGCCGGCCAUGCCUGCGCCUGGUUCCCCUCUGGGUUACUCCGUGUGGCCCCUGGUGGUCUCUGCCACUGCUCUCCCGCCUGCCGCCAGCUUCCUGCCCAGCACCGCGCAGCACGUGACCGGCCCGUCUGCGGCCGCCCUCAGCACGAUGGCGUCCAGCGGGGUCCUGCCGGCACAGGCGCCAGGCCCAUGA